CGUGUUUGGUAACGUGUGUGACAACGUGACCGACUCUCAGCCGGAGCGUGAGCCGAAGAGCUUCAUCAGACGCAUCGCUGAGAAGGCUGCGGUUCUUCUUCGAACCUAAAGAAAAAGGAAAAGCCAUGUCUGCAUCCCGGACUAUUAUUUGUUUACUAAGAAACGACUUAAGACUCCACGACAAUGAGCUGUUCCACUUUGCUCAAAAGCACGCGGACAACAUCGUACCGCUGUACUGCUUUGACCCCAGACAUUACGUGGGAACGUACAACUACAACCUACCAAAAACCGGACCUUUCCGUCUGCGCUUCUUGCUGGAAAGUAUCCGAGAUCUGAGGAAGACGUUGGUCAACAAGGGCAGCAAUCUAGUGGUAAGACGGGGCAAGCCAGAGGAAGUCGUCUCCGACCUCAUCCAGCAACUGGGCUCCGUCAGCGCCGUCGCUUUCCAUGAAGAGGUCACUUCCGAAGAGCUGACUGUGGAGAAACGAGUGAAGGACGCGUGCACUCGCAUGAAGGUCAAAGUGCACACCUGCUGGGGGUCCACGCUGUACCACAGAGAAGAUCUUCCGUUUCAACACAUAGCAAGGCUUCCAGAUGUUUACACUCAGUUCAGAAAGGAAGUGGAAUCCAGAAGUCACGUCAGGCCUGAGUUCCCGACCCCGGACCGACUUAAGCCCCUCCCCCAAGGGCUGCAGGAGGGAGCUAUUCCCAGCAUGGAGGACCUGCAGCAGACAGAGCCAGUGAAGGACCCUCGCUCUGCUUUUCCAUGCGCAGGCGGGGAAAGUCAGGCCCUCGCCAGACUUCAGCACUAUUUCUGGGACACUGAUGCGGUGGCGUCGUACAAGGAGACGCGUAACGGGCUGGUCGGUGUGGACUAUUCCACCAAAUUUGCACCCUGGCUGGCCGUGGGCUGCAUUUCACCCAGGCACAUCUAUCAUCAGAUACGCAAGUACGAGAGGGAGCGCACGGCCAAUCAGAGCACGUACUGGGUGAUUUUUGAGCUUUUGUGGCGAGAUUACUUCAAGUUUGUGGCGCUCAAAUAUGGAAAUCGUCUCUUUCAAGUCAAAGGACUUCAGGAUAAAUCCAUUCCCUGGAAAAAGGACAUGCAGCUUUUCACUGCAUGGCAAGAGGGACGCACUGGGGUCCCCUUUGUGGACGCCAACAUGAGGGAACUGGUCAUGACGGGCUUCAUGUCCAACAGAGGGCGCCAAAACGUGGCCAGCUUCCUCACCAAGGACUUGGGCCUGGACUGGAGGAUGGGGGCCGAGUGGUUUGAGUACCUUUUGGUGGACCAUGACGUGUGUAGUAACUAUGGCAACUGGCUGUACAGCGCGGGGAUCGGAAACGACCCCAGAGAGAACAGGAAAUUCAACAUGAUCAAGCAAGGCCUGGACUACGACGCUAACGGUGACUUCGUACGGCUUUGGCUUCCGGAGUUGCAGAAAAUCCGAGGGGCUGACGUCCACACGCCGUGGACGCUCAGCACGGCGACGCUGUCUCACGCCGACGUGUCCCUCGGUGAGACGUACCCCGCCCCGGUCGUAGUGGCGCCCGAAUGGAGCAGACACGUGAACAAGAAAGUGGUUGGCAGCGCGCCGAGAGGGAAAAAAGGUCCGUCUCACACCCCCAAACAGCAUCGGGACAGAGGCAUUGAUUUCUAUUUCUCCAGAAGCAAGAAACUGUGAAGUAGUUGCCUCAUGAGCAGUACAUGAUUUCUGUACACGGGUGUGUCCUAACCUUUUCACCGAGGGCUGCAUACAUAAAAAUUAGAGACGCACCAUAUCUUUUCUUCAAACCGAUACCGAGAACUUUGUGCUUCUCAAGACCGAUAUGGUCCCAAUAACCGAUACGCUUUUUUAAAUUGAGAUUUAAGUGUAGUUUGUGCACACCUGGCGCUAAGAAGGAAUGAAACAAAUGACGAUUUGACCAAGUGUAGCUGUUGAUUAGUCCUAAUGAAUAUCAUGACAUUACUACUAUCAGGAGAACCGGAGUAUAGAGGGGGAGGAGCCACCUGCUGUGGCCCAGCAAGAUGCACUGUAUUUGGGCAGCCGGUGUGACGCCGCUGAGGUCUGGCAAACCUUUUGCAGUCGUAGUGAGCUCAGGGGAAGUUACGACAGGCCGUUACGUCACAGGCAGAAGUAAGGCACGCUCGAUUUGCUCACCUGCACAGUACGGGUAAUCUCACCUCAUUGGAGCGUUUUUUAAAAUUACCGGUUAUCUGAGCUAUUUUUAAUGUUAUUGGAUUUAUCGGUAUAAUUAUCAGUCCAAUAAUUAUGGUGCACCCCUAAUUCAAAUAAAAGGAUGGGUCGAGGGGGUUCAGUUGAGCAGCCUGAGGCAACGAGCUAAAAGCCUGAGCUGUCAACCGGUUUUCUCCUACGCAGCUCUUAAGGUGCCAGGGAGUGACGUGUACUUAUCGCACGGCCAUACCAGCUCAGGUGAAAAUGUUUCCCCGGCUGCUCUCAUGUUGCCAAAAUGACCUCAGUUUGUUAUGACAUGUUUAAGUUGUGGUGCUGCUAACGCACAUUAAAUCAUCUCUGUUGUGUGUAAACUCAUUUGUUACUCUGUGGGCUUUCUGGCAGCACUUCCUGUUGUGUUGCUGCGGCAACAUUGAGCUUCUCUCCUGGCACAGUGUAUGUGCGGUAAUCAUCUCUGUGCUUUCUGGCCAUGUCUUCUGGUCAAAAACUCUUAUUUUCUCUCGCAGUGGCGGUUCCUGAAACAAAAAAUGUUGAGGAAAGG